AUGAAAUGUCAUGCCCCGACUUACAAAGAAAAAGCUGCAGUGAAAAACAAAAAUCGCAAUAAGAAAGGAAAAUUUGGCACAAAAACUAAAGCUGAGAAUGAUGCAGAAGUGAACAUAUUAGGGGAACAAUUAGAGAUGGAUUUGGAUAAUACUUUUAGCGAAAGGGAUUGGAAAAAUGAUGAAGUAAGUGAUUGGGAAAGUGAUAUUGAUUUAAAAGUGGAACAAGAUAUACAGAAUAGACUUUUGAAGGUGAAUUUUGAAUUGAAGUGGAGACCGAAUGCCAAAUUAGAAAAAAAAAAAUGUGGUCCUUAUAAAGUAGAUAAAACACCAAAGUCAACUUAUUAUGACAAAUGGGGACCUAGUGACUCAUGA